AUGAAGACUGAAGUCAACCAUGUCCAUGCUUUGCUUCUCCUUCUCACAAGUGCAAUCCUGAUCAGCUUGCACGUCCACGGCCUACAAGAACAACACCACCUGCAACUCCAGGAAGAGAAGAAUCCAGGAGCUAACUUUGUACUGCAAAGGAUUUGGUCAAGCUCAAGCACCAUCAAACUGACAGUCAAGCUUCUUGAUUACUUCGUGGCGAGAUCCUUACAGUUCAAAUACCUGCCACCUCUGUAUCCUCCGCAGCCUUCGCCAUCCACCUCGCCGUCUAUCCUGUUCUGGUUGGGAUUUUUUCCUGCGAUGGUAGGAACUGGAAAUGCAAGGAUGCAACCAGCAGCAGGCAGCAACUGCGCUGCGUAA